GUGCCUGCGUCCAAUGGUAAAGCAGGAAACUUCCUCGCACGAAAAUUUGUAUUUGUGGUGGUCGACAGCAGCAGUUUUGUUCUGUGGUUUUAUCAAGCAAGAGGUCAGAAUGAUGGAUGCUCUGGCAGUUGUUACCCAGUUGCGGGAUCUGGCAUCCGAGCCCCAGAACCGCGAGGCUAUAGUUCAGGACCAGGGCUGCCUGCCUGGCCUGGUGCUGUUUUUAGACCACAAAGAUCCCAAUGUCCUCCUCGCCACCCUUCAGACUCUGCGUUAUUUGGCUGAGUGGACAGUGAAUAUUGACACCAUGAAGAAUGAACUGGGGAUGAUGGUGAGCCUGGAAACCCUGAUUGAGAAACCGGGGUUAUCGGAGGACAUCUUGAUCAUGGCCAAAGAUGUCUACGGCGUUUUAAGUUCUCCAACCUCUCCAAGCGAGACUGGAACGUUCCAAACACCCGCACAGCAGCAGCAGAGGAAGAACAAGUCUCAGUUCUUCCUCAACAGCGCUAAUAAGAAGGCCAAGACCGUCACUCUGCACAUCGAGGGCCUUGAUGGAGUGGAUCAACGAGGCAUGUGUGAGGAGGCUUUACUGAAGGUCAAGGGCGUCAUCAGUUUCACCUUCCAGAUGGCAGUGAAGAGGUGCACCGUCCGCAUCCGCUCAGACCUGCCCACUGAGAAUCUGGCUACUGCUAUUGCGGCCACUAAAGUCCUGCAGGCCCAACAGGUGGUGAAGAAUGAAACUGGGGAGGAGGUGUUGAUCCCUCUCAGCGUGUCCGGCUCCACCAUCCAGGAGAACUCCCACCUGCCCGACUACCUCCCUGAGGACGAGAGCCCAGAGAAGGACCUGGGCCGCGCCGUGUCCCGCUCCGGCGCCAAGGAAGACCCCAGUGGCAGUUGGCUCAACACCGCCGCCAGCUUCCUCACGCGAUCCUUCUACUGGUAAAGGCAGACCUUUGGUGGGCCGCAGGCAGCAGUCGGAGGCAGUUUGCAUCUUUGUGUGUGCGUGUGAGAGAGAGAGAGAGACACAGACACACACAGGCACACUUCUGUAACCACACUGCCUCUGCAGGACUUGUGCAUUGCUCUUAACUCACUCAGCAGGUGUACCGGUUAUGACGGCCCCGUCAGUGCUUUCUCAUGCUCUCAAAUCCUCUCGCGUCUUACCUGGACCACUGCCUGUUACAGCAUCUGCCAUCAUCAUCCUGGGUAAUUACAAUAGAAUUGACUUUGCCAAGCUGUUAUGGAGAUAGGAGGCUUUUGGGUAGAAAUGCAUUCUGGAACACUGUUACAGGAGACACCAGUCUGCUGCAUCAUUGGUGCCUCUCUACCCAUGUCUGUUUAUCUCAAGAUUAACAUCCGAGCACGUUUUUGUGGUUAGCGAUGUAAUAGGCUGUGCUUUCUCAGGACAUAUCAGAAGAUGGAUGCUUAUGGAUGUUUGGCAAACCAGGUGUGGAGUUGCUGUUCAGGCUCAUUUGUAGUUAUCUGUACAGGUGUGUUACUUUCACACGAGUGUGUGUGCUCGUAUAAUUGCUGAUGUUUUCAAGGAGUGACUCUUCACUCUGACAGUUCCUACAUGUCUGUAGGUCAUUUUCCAUCUUUCUAUUUAUGUCUUUCCUAAUCUGUGCCAUUUUCUGUCCUCUGUUUCUAUUCUGUAACUUUUGUAUAUAGUCUCGAGACACAAUUUCUAUGCUGCAAGAUUAAAAAAAUGAACAAGUUAUUUCACCAGGAACAGUAGAUUUUUGAUGUUUGAAAAAACACACGCACACAUUGUUCUUUGUAGUGCACUGGGGGUGUUGUGAUGGGCCGAGUCUGUAUUAUUUGUUCUCAUGCCAUUUGUACAAAGUAAUAAAAACUGGAUUUAAAACUAA